UUUCUCUUUUUUCUUCUUCUUUUCUAUGUCUCAGUCUGGUCCAUCUCCCGACGUUCAAGUUCGCAGGAACGUCACGUCCGCACUUGAACUUGCGGCUCAGGGGGGUAUCGCCCGUACCCCCAUCACUCUCUCUCUUUGCGCAAAAAGUCAUGAAGAGGUCCGCACAGCCCGGAGCGCGCGACGCAUCACCCUCUGUAUGAUCUGCAGCUCUCUUCUUCUUCUUCUUUCUUUUUUUGGGUUUAUUUUUUUUAUUUUUGCGUGCCUGUAUCUGUUUUUUGGAUGUCAGAAGCAUCGAUGAAGAUAUUUCCAUUUGGAGUCUAUACCUUGUAGGGACGGACUUCCCAAUGUGAACUCAGCCGGAAAAGCCACCACUAAACCAACAUGUCUCGCCGCAAGCAGGGCAAACCCCAGCACUUGAGCAAACGGGAGUUUUCGCCUCAGCCGCUGUCAGGCGUGUUACCGGAUGAAGACGCUCAGGACUUCCCCAGGCUGGCGCUGGUUCAGGGCCAGCCCCUAAAAGGGGACCAGGACCUUUUGACCUGCGGCCAGUGCCACUCCCGCUUCCCCCUGGCUGACAUCCUCCUGUUCAUCGAGCACAAGCGGAGGCAGUGCCACGUGGGGAGCAUCUGUCUGGACAAACCUCUGGACAGGCCGCCGUCCUCGCCGCUCGCCUCCCCGCUCUCCACGUCCUCGUCCUCGCUCUCGCGGACCCACCACCACCAGCACCACCAGCACCACCAGCAGCACCCGCAGAGGAGGGCGUUUCACCUCGUGGAAGCGGCCGUUCAGGUGUCGCCGCGGGAUGAGGAUUGUUUAUCUGCACCCUUGCAAGGAAUAAUCCCCAAGCAGGAGAAUAUCACAGAUAAAGAUGAGCCCAGCAGUUACACCUGCACCAGCUGUAAGCAGCCCUUCACCAGUGCCUGGUUCCUGCUCCAGCACGCCCAGAACGCCCACGGCUUCCGCAUCUAUCUGGAGAGCGAACCCGGCAGCCCCCUCACCCCCCGCGUGGCCGCGGCCCCCGGGAUGGGGGGCGACUGCGCCUCCUCCCAGCCUCCCCUCCACGCCGUCCACCUGGCCGGCGGCAGUCCUUACAGCCUCCUGAGGAUGCCGGGCUCCGGAUCCGGCCGGGAUUCGGUGUCCACGCCUCGCGAGGGCCGUUACCCGCGCACGCCGCCGCUGUUCAGCCCGCCGCCGCGCCACCACCUCAGCCCCGAUGACCUGGCCCUGGCGACCCACCACCCCAGCGCUUUCGACAGGGUGAUGAGGCUCAACUCGGUGCCGCUAGAAGCCCCUCCGAUGGACUUCUCUCGACGUCUACGCGAGCUGGCGGGCAACGCCACCGGGGCUUCCCCGCCGCUCUCCCCCAACAGGCCCAGCCCUAUGCAACGGCUGCUGCAGCCGUUCCAGCCGGGUGCCAAGCCUCCGUUUUCAGCCACGCCUCCCCUCUCCACCUCUCAGUCGCCUUCCGGAUCGCGCUCCACCCCCAAUCCCAAUGUGUCCAACGCAACCCAACCGGGCACGCCUCUCAAGUCAAAGUCUUGCGAGUUCUGCGGGAAGACCUUCAAGUUCCAGAGCAACCUCAUCGUCCACCGGCGUAGCCACACGGGGGAGAAGCCAUUCAAAUGCCACCUGUGUAACCACGCCUGCACCCAGGCCAGCAAACUGAAGCGACACAUGAAGACGCACUGCCAGAGCAAGUCGUCGGCGCUCAACGCCAAGUCGGACGACGGCCUCUCGACCGGGAGCUCCCUCGAGGCGGGCACCAGCGGUCCGAUCGGCAGCGCCACGGACGCCCUCAAGUCGGUGGUGGCCAAGUUCAAGAGCGAGAACAACGGCCUGUUGCCCGAAAACGGAGAGGAGGAGGAGGGAGAGGAGGAGGAGGAGGAAGAGGAGGAGGAGGAGGAGGAGGAGGAAGAGGAAGAGGGGGAGGAGGAGGAAGAGGAGGAGGUCGAGACGAAGCCCGCGGUCGAGGAAGAGGAGGAGAGGAACGACUAUUGCUUCAGCCUGCGGCUCGAAGGGGCCCGCCACCACCAGAACAGCGAGGCCCUCCACCCGCGCCGCAGGAGCUCGUCCCGGGAGCCCGGCGACGAAGACUCGACCCUGGAGUCAGACCGAGCCGGAGUCGGGGCCACGACCGCCGUCAACGGCCUGGGUCCUCUGUCCACCGACGUCCUGUCCAGGAAGCUGCUGCGGGGACGGGUCAGCCCCGGGUCCCUCAGUCCCCUGGCCAAGCGCAUCAAGGUGGAGAAGGACCUGGACCCCCACACGCCCACCAUCCCCAACACGGAGAACGUCUACUCCCAGUGGCUCGCCGGCUACGCCGCCUCCCGACAACUCAAGGACCCCUUCAUCAACUUCACGGGCGGGGACUCCAGACAAUCGCCGUUCGCCUCCUCGUCCGAGCACUCGUCGGAGAACGGCAGCUUGCGCUUCUCCACGCCGCCGGGCGAGCUGGACGGCGAGCGGGCCGCGUCGGGACGCAGCGGCACGGGCAGCGGGGCCAGCACCCCGCACGGCGGCAGCGGCAACGGCAGGCCCAACUCCAAGGACGGCCGGCGCAGCGACACGUGCGAGUACUGCGGCAAGGUGUUCAAGAACUGCAGCAACUUGACGGUGCACCGACGCAGCCACACGGGCGAGCGGCCGUACAAGUGCGAGCUGUGCAGCUACGCGUGCGCCCAGAGCUCCAAGCUCACCCGCCACAUGAAGACCCACGGACAGAUGGGCAAGGACGUGUACAAAUGUGAAAUCUGCCACAUGCCUUUCAGUGUAUACAGCACUCUGGAGAAACACAUGAAGAAGUGGCACAAUGACCGCCCUCUGGAUAACGACAUUAAGACCGAGUAGGCUCGCUCUCGGCUCCCCCGGCGAGGAAAGAGACCCGCGGCUAACGAGCCAAUAAUAGAGGGGAGAAGGACGACAGGGUUUAGACGGUACAGCCCUGUCGUCACGACCCCCCCCACCCCCGACUGGAAAAAAGCUGAACGCAUGAUCCAUCAUUGGGGCAAUACUAUUGCAUCGAACUUUUUUGAGCCUUUCUAUUGUGCAAUAAUUUACACGUUUUGUAUUUUUUGUAACUGGUCGGCAUGCUCGGUGUGUUUUGGCUACUUAGAGAGAGACAUUUGUCCUCGGCUGGUGUUUUUUUUUUUUUUUUUUUUUUUGGUUGUACAUGUGUUGCUGUUGAUACUUUUGUAUCUUCAACGUAAAGAAAAAAGAAGAAAAAAAUAGAAGAAAAAUAAAAGAAUGUUAAUGAUGAGAACCCAUGCUGCAUACAGUACAUACUGUUUUACAUAUCAUGUACAGUUUAGUGUUCAAACAUAGUGGACAUGUGUCAUAUUAUCAAAACAUCAAGACAAGCAGGGUCACACUUAAAACUGAUCUUUGUGAAAGAUUUUUUUCCAUGCAAGAUUGAGAUAAGAUAUAUAUAAAUAUAUACAUAUAGAAAUUGGGCUGCCUAUGAAAUGCUAGGCACUAAGCGCCAUGAAAUAUUUCUUUGACAAACAAGCAAUGAAAUUAACAAUAUGGUGUAAAAUGACAACAAAGAGUGCCUUGGAUAUUUUACCUGCAUUAGUUAAUCCUCCUUUUUUGCUAUAAGCUCGGAGUUUCAGCUAUAAGAAGAUUACAGGACAUUUUUGUGCACAUAUGAAAUAAUCAGGUCCUUGCAUCAAGCACCUGUACAACCCUGUCGUUUUGUGACUUAGCAGAGCAUAAGGAACCAGCUGAAAAAAACAACAAGAAAACAACACAAAAAAAAGAUGAUGUGUACCUCUGGUAAAUCAUUUAUCUGCCUGACUCGUGUAUAUUGUUAUUCUCCAGAUUAUGAUUCUGUUUACUGGCAUGUUACAUGCUAAAAAAAGGAGUAUGUGUGUAGAGUUUUGGUUUAGGUGUUUAAUGUUUUUUCCGGUACCACGUGUACCAAAACUGAGAGGGUAGUCUGACGAGUUGUUUUUUUAACCAACGUAAUGCUCUUAAUUUUCCAGAUUGUUUAUUUUCUUUGAAAAUUAAGAGUUUGCUGGUUGUUGUUUUGUUUGUUUUGUAAGUAGCGCAUCAUUAUGUUUUCUUCAGUGUCAGCCACGCAGCAGUGUAGCCAGCAGCCACUCGGAGACCACGGAGUGGUUAUUUUGUAUUUCUUUUUGUCCUAUA